GGACGUCCAGGUGGUCUUCACAACCCAUGCCAUCGGCGGACUGGCGAUGGCGGACUUUGUCAUGGCAGCAAAGGUCGACACAAUCCCCGUGGACUACAGUCCAAAGUGGCUCAAGCAGCAGCAGGCCGCCGGACUGGACGUGCCGGGCGUCCGGCCAACGGGCGAAGCCGCGGCGGCUGGUGCGGGCGCGCAGGCGGCAGCAAGCAAUGACGGUCGUUGA